CAUUGACAAGACUCCAAGCCAGGCUGCCCCUCAAUAGUCGGUGCUGCCGGGACGGCCUGCUCACUGAAGUUGCGUCAGGAUCUGGUUACCGCCACCCGCUGUGUAAGGAUUCAAUACAGAUACCAUGCCACGCGCAGCACCAUUACGGAUCUUGUGCUACCUACUUGCAUCGGCCGUCAUUCUAUACCUCCUCAUUGCUUCUGGCAGAGUCUCAUUGCCGCGAAGAGACGGAUACACAGAGACUUUCACGCGUCCGAUUGAUGACGGCACAGCGAUUGUCGCAGGUACUGGCGAACGGCCCAAGAUCCUGGAAAAUGGCGUAUUGGUGAUGCUUGUACGGAAUAGUGAGCUUCAUGAAGCGCGCUUUAGUAUGCGUGGGAUUGAGGAUCGUUUCAAUAAACGCUUUGGAUAUGAUUGGGUCUUUCUCAAUGAUGAACCGUUCACGGAUGAGUUCAAAAAGUUGACGAGUGGGCUAGCGACAGGGACGGCGCAUUAUGCAGUCAUCCCAAAGGAACACUGGUCGGUACCCAAGUCCAUCAAUCAAACGCGCAUGAAAGAGGAAAUGACCAAAAUGGCCGAUGAAGAUGUCAUUUAUGGAGACAGUUUGAGUUAUCGCCACAUGUGUCGUUUUAACUCUGGCUUCUUCUACGAUCAGCCCGUCAUGGCGUCGUAUGACUAUUAUUUCCGGGUUGAACCGUCUGUUGAGUACUACUGUGACUUCUUGGAAGAUCCAUUCAAGACGUUGCGCGAGAAGAAGGCCAAGUAUGGUUGGGUUAUGGCGAUGUAUGAGUUUGAUCGUACAAUCCCUACACUCUGGGAAACGACGCAGGCCUUUGCAAAGCAACAUCCCGAACACAUUGCCCCCAAUAAUGCACUUGGGUUCUUGUCGGACGAUGCAUCCAAAACUUUGCAAGAAGCAAGCUACAACAUGUGUCAUUUCUGGUCCAAUUUUGAGAUUGCAGACUUGAGCUUUUUGAGGUCCAAGGCGUAUCGUGAUUAUUUCGCACAUCUCGACGCAACCGGUGCGUUCUUUUAUGAGCGAUGGGGUGAUGCGCCUGUUCAUUCAAUUGCUGCUGCUUUGUUUUUGAAUACCAAUGAAAUUCAUCAUUUCGAAGCAGUUGGGUACAGACAUAACCCUUACAUUCGAUGUCCGCCACAACCAAAGUUCCACACAUCAGGACAGUGCAGUUGUAAUCCAAAGGACAAUUUCGAUACUGAUGGUUACUCUUGCUUUCAUCAAUGGGAACGCGCUGUUGAGCAAUUCAAGAAGAAGGCAAUGUGAUGGUCGUGACGGGGAUUAUGAGUUCAUAUACAAUUGCAUAUUAAUAGAUCUAGAAACAGGCCAGCCGGCUCCUUUGCAGAAUAUGGAGCGUCAAUAAGCAUCAAUCAAUGGAUUCGC